AUUUAAAUCAUACAUUCAUCAAACAUUACACAUUAAUAAAUAAAUAAAGUCGGCUUUGUUAUAAAUACUGCCAUUCUUAGUGCGUCACUGCCGCAACUCUAUUAUACUCUGCAUUUCCCUUCUCCCUCUCUCUUCAUUUCGCUCUCUUACACUUUCUCUUUCUUCUGCAAGCUGAAAACACACUUGUUUUCAAUGGUUGCGUGAAUAACAAGUUUGGUAUAAAAACUGAAACUAAACAAACAAACAAACAUCCUCAACUUCAUCUUAACUUAAGUUUCUGUGUUUUUUUCUAUAUUUUGAGGAGCUAAAUUUAAUGGGGAAGAUCAAAGAAUUCCAGCAACAUCAACAAGAACAGCAACAACGACAACGACAACAACAACAACAACAACAACGACAACAGACUGAGAGCACAAAAGUUGAUUCAGUUCUUCACAUUCUCAGAAAACAAUCUCCUCUCUCUCUUAAACAAGAAAAGUUCUGCAACACAGGUUGUGUAGAGAGGUUUCUGAAGGUGAAAGGUGAAAAUGUAAAGAAGGCAGCUAAGCUCUUGAGAAGUUGUCUUACGUGGCGAGAUACUAUUGGCAUUGAAAGUUUAAUAGCGGAUGAGUUUUCUGGGGAGCUUGCGGAUGGAGUAGCCUAUGUAGCUGGCCAUGAUGAAGAAUCCAGACCUGUGAUGGUUUUCCGGAUCAAGCAAGAUUAUCAGAAGUUCCAUUCUCAGAAACUAUUUACUCGUUUGAUGGUUUUCACACUUGAAGUAGCAGUUCAAACAAUGCACAAAAACGUUGAACAAUUUGUUAUCCUUUUUGAUGCAAGCUUUUUCAGAUCGGCAUCAGCUUUUAUGAACAUAGUGCUACCAACAUUGAAGAUUGUGGCUGAGUACUAUCCUGGCCGUCUUCACAAGGCCUUCCUCAUCGACCCUCCCUCUCUCUUUAAUUAUCUUUGGAAGGGAGUGCGCCCAUUUGUGGAACUAUCAAACUUAACCACAAUAAUCUCCUCAACAGACUUCGAAGACUCAAUCUCACUAGACUACAACGACUUCUCAAUGUACCCACGAGCUGCUUCACUCCGAUUCGACGCAUCCUCAAUCCCGGUUCACCCUUCGACCGCCAAAAUCGGUGCAUGUGCAUCCUCUCGUUUCUCCUUCACAGUCUCUCACAAUUUCGACUCCCUUAAACCUUGGUACCUAAGCCUAACAAGUGACACAUCAUCAUCUAAGGUUGGCCCCACAAUAGCGGCCAACCCCACAUCAUCCAUCCUAGGCCCCAACCCUCGUUCCUUCUCCUUUGCAUCACCCAUUGACAGAACGCCACGUGGCGGCGGGUACAAUUUCAACGGUGGAGAUAAGCUGUUAAGGAAGAACUUCAUCCCUUCAACGCCACUACCUCAGAAGUCACACAAUGCUGACGUGGCUUCCGUGAAGCAGCCACGUACACCGAAGCCGUCAUUUCUACACUCACCGGCUGCAGCUUUGUUUGGACGGCGGGAGCAGGUGGGUCCAACAUGCCACGUCACUAGCAAGGCUGAGAAAUCUCGAGGAGCUUUUUUCCCCUACUUCAAGUUUUAUCGUAGACCGUAUGAUGAGAUGAUCUACCGAUCAAAAAUGAAGCCUCCACUUGGUGGGUUGAUCUCCAUUGUUGCUCCACAACAUCUUCGGCGUCGUCAUAUGUCAGUCUCUCAACGGUUUUGACCAAAUUUUACCCCAAAAAAAAAAAAAAAAAAACAGGAAAAAAGUGAAUGAAACUGCUGAGGAGAGUACAUAAGUAUAUUGAGUAAAUGAACAAUGAGUCAAUGAUAUAUAUCAUCAUGUCAAAAUUAUAUUAUAAAGCUGUUAUUAUUAUGUUUUAGUUUUUCAUAUUUUGUCAUCGUUCCAAUAGAUAGUUACAUUACAUUGAAUUAAAGGUAAAUCUUGAUUAAUU